CACGUUCCUGGGCCCAUGUGGAUGGGGAGAGGAUGCGGGUGACUAUGAAGCGGGUGCUGCUGGGGGUGGGCUUUGCCAUCGCCCUGAUGGUGUCUGCACACCUGGGCCAGCAGAUGUUGCAGUGCCAGCAGAUCCUAGGCCAGGGCUCCGGCCAGCGUGGCCUUAUGCGGCCGGAGAACGAGGAGCUGGUGAUGCUGGACUCCAACCGGGUCGAGUACCGGUACAGCAAAGAGAUGCCUUUGAUCUUCAUUGGUGGAGUUCCUCGGAGUGGGACCACGCUCAUGCGGGCCAUGCUGGACGCUCAUCCGGAGGUGCGCUGCGGAGAGGAGACCCGCAUCAUCCCGCGUGUGCUGGCCAUGCGGCAGGCCUGGUCCAAAUCCGGGCGGGAGAAAAUGCGCCUGGACGAAGCCGGGGUGACGGACCAGGUCCUGGACGCGGCCAUGCAGGCCUUUAUCCUGGAGGUGAUCGCCAAGCACGGGGAGCCGGCCCGGUACCUGUGCAACAAGGAUCCCUUCACGCUCAAGUCCUCCCUCUACCUGUCUCGCUUAUUUCCCAACUCCAAGUUCCUGCUGAUGGUGCGUGACGGCCGGGCCUCCGUCCAUUCCAUGAUCACCAGGAAGGUCACCAUCGCGGGCUUUGACCUCAGCAGCUACCGGGACUGCCUGACCAAGUGGAACAAAGCCAUCGAGGUAAUGUACUCCCAGUGCGUGGAGAUCGGCCGUGCGCGCUGCCUCCCCGUCUACUAUGAGCAGCUGGUGUUGCAUCCCCAGAAGUCCAUGCGGGACAUCAUGGAGUUCCUGGACAUCGCCUGGAGCGAUGCUGUCCUGCACCAUGAGGAGCUGAUUGGGAAGCCCGGAGGAGUCUCGCUUUCCAAGAUCGAGCGAUCCACAGACCAGGUGAUCAAGCCUGUCAACACGGAGGCCCUGAGCAAGUGGCUGGGGCACAUUCCGGGGGACGUGCUGCAGGACAUGGGCCACAUUGCCCCGAUGCUGGCCAGGCUGGGCUACGACCCCUAUGCAAACCCCCCCAACUAUGGGCACCCGGACCCCCUGGUGAUCAACAACACCCACAGGGUUCUAAAAGGGGACUUUAAAACACCUGCCAAUCUGAAAGGACAGUUUCAGGGGACUCAGAAUACUACUGCUUUUCACUGAUGAAGCAGGGGACUUCCAGAUGCGGCUGCUUCUGGUUGUGCUGAAGAUAAGAAAAUUUGCAAACAGCAAACGAGGAAAUCUGUUUAUCCAAGCAUAUUGCUUGCUACUGACGUUGCCACGUGGAGUGUUUUCUGUCAGGCAUUUUUGCAUUUAUUUGCAAACUUUGGACAUUUUGGACUCCUGAGUCUGUCUACUUUGUUUGG